GUGCGUAUGGGCGUGGCAGUGAAGUUGACAUCAUUGCAUUGUGUCAGACACCUGAAAACAACCGGAUUAAAGAACGCUGCUGGCGGCGUUCACUUUAAUCUAAACAAUCAGAAAACAAAAUGGUGGAGCAAACGAGACCAACUCCAAACACCACCACUCUCCAGGCUGGUCCUGUGGAGCUGGAGGAUGGCACAUUAUCUGACGUGACCACAAGGGAGGCCCGGACCAUUGGUCGGCAGCUGGCCCAGAUAGGAGAUGAGCUGAACCAGCGCUGGGCCCACCGGCUGCCUGACCAACGGCUACUGCAGCCGCUGGACAGAACAAACAUCUUCAUCAGAGCCAGAGUCUACAGGCGUUACUUUUUGACGGAGGGGAGGGGUCUCAGAAAUGUCUUUGCUCUGGCUAAACUGUGGCUGAAUCCUCUAAUUAACAACCAGCCUGUCUGGGUGUCCAGUUUAUGUCUUUCUGGUCAGCGCUGGACCACAGGUUUGCUGGUGUCCACUGCACUUAUGGCCACGGCGGCUGUUUGCGUUGCACUCUGGGAACUGAAAAAGGACUGAUCCUCGCACAGAUGGGCUAUAAGCUGGCCUUAGCCCGCAGAUUGUUUUGCUUUGUUUAGUUUUUUAUAUAAUUGAAUAUAUUUAAUUUGUUUUCCAAAUGUUCUUUCUUGCAUGGAUAAUUGAAUGGUAUUGAAGUGCUGGCUCACAACUGUUUUUUAUUUGUGUACAUCAUAGAGUGUUUUGAUGUGGCUGUUGCUGGUGCACAGCCUGUUCUAUGAGGGCAAAGUCUGUUGCUAAGUGAAAGGACAACGGCUGUGCGUGUGUGUAUCCCUCCCCACGCUUGUUAUCAAACAGAAUCAUGUGUUCCAACAUCAGGGAAGCUGGACUUUCAAUUCCAUCCUAAUUUGAAUGUGAUUAUAAACACAAAUUUAAACUUGUUCAAUAAAAAUAGCUUUGAAAAAAAAAAUCUGAAUUCUAAUCACUAUGUUUGUAUUGACUUCAAAAUGCCUACUUGAGGUCCAUUGUAAUUGAUCGACAUAUUGAUCUUUGAGUAAAAAAAUAGUUUAUUGUG